UGCGGCCAUGUUCUCUCAGUCAUUUUAGUGAUUUGGCUCUAGUAAAUUUGUGUUUCGUGUUUAACCGUGAAUUUAUAUUUCGGCUUUUCAAUGUGUCUGCGAAUGUGAAAUUCAACUAAUUUCUAUUACGCAAAUACCGUAAAAAUGUUUAAUCAUAAACAGAAUAGACAUAAACUCUGAUAUUCGGCCCAUACCUGGUCGUUGCUUCAUUGUUGAUUGAAGACGAUCCUACCCCUCGUGCUAAGCUAAAUAUUUUGGUAUUUAACUUUUUGGCGGAAGCGGAAAAAUUCCCACUGCACAUAGUUCAAUGUGAGAAUUCAUCAAGUUCAACUCAGAAUAGGAAACAACAUCUAGCCAACAUCAACGGGUUUCAUGUAUAAAAUUACAAAAGGGAGUAUCAUAUGACAGCAACAAGAAUUAUAAAAAACAAAUUAAACAGAUUCAAAGCACACAUUGAGGAAAGGAAAAAUCGAGACCACAAGCAUUGCUCGUAGUUCAAAUAAGUCAUUCAACAAAUCUAUAACAGUGCGCUGCACAAUCGCGUAGCAAAUCUGAUUGAGACUGAGCGAAUCAAUCAGCUUCGCAAAGCAAGAGUUCGGCGAGUGUUUUUGAGUGUGUCAAAAUCCUUUAAAUUGGGCAAGAAUGGAGCGCAAGGACGCUACAAUAGAAAAUGCCAAUGGCAAACAUCUGCAAAAGCAACAGUCAAACAAACAGCAACAGGACUCUGAAAAGAAAGUGGAAGAGCAGAAACAGCAGCAGCAACCGGAAAGGACAUCACCAAAGCUGAAUCCACGAGCAGGAUUGAAAUUGGCCAAAACAAAUGGCAGCACAAAAAGACGUGUAUACAAAGUCGUGUUAACAGGCGGUCCAUGUGGUGGCAAAACAACUGGCCAAUCACGUCUGUGCACAUUCUUCGAAAAUUUAGGAUGGAAGGUAUUCCGUGUGCCUGAAACGGCUACAGUGCUCCUCAGUGGUGGUGUUAAAUUCUCGGAUCUCACAGAUAAAGAAGCGCCACCAACGCCAAGCACAUUCAAAUACCAAAGUCUACCAUUCGCUGCACCGGAACACAGUCUAAUUGACUUGACCGCAUCCUGUCCACGCUGCUUGGCCGAUGCUGCAUCCAAACCCAAUGGCAGCGAAGCUUUUAAGUUUCAAGAGAAUCUAAUACGUACAAUGAUACAAAUCGAGAAUACCUACUUUGAAUUGGGACAAUCGAGUCAACGUGAUUGUUUGAUUAUCUGUGAUCGUGGCGUCAUGGAUGCCAGUGCAUAUAUCUCGAAAGAUAAAUGGGAGAAAAUGAUGUCUGCAAACAACUGGAAUCCUGUGGAAUUGCGUGAUAAUCGUUACAAUCAGAUUUUGCAUUUGGUUUCCGCGGCUAAUGGCGCUGAAGAUUUCUACACCACUGAGGAUCAUGCCUGCCGCUCUGAGGGCGUUGACAUGGCACGUGAUUUAGAUUAUAAAUCUGCUGCCGCCUGGGUUGGUCAUCCAUAUUUCGAUGUCAUAGAUAAUUCAACAAAUUUUGAAACCAAAAUGAAUCGCUUAAUUGAGGCAGUAUGCCAGAAAGUUGGCAUCGACAUUGGCGAUCGUCUGCUUGCCACAUCAAGAAAAUUCAAAUUUCUUGUUGCUUCACUACCACCUGACUCUGAAUUUCCACCGUUUCAAGACUUCGAUGUUGUACAUCACUACUUGCAAUCCUCAGGACCGAAAGUACAAGCGCGUUUGCGCAAACGUGGCCAAAAGAAUCAUUGGAGUUAUAUCCACACUAUACGCCGUCCCAAUGUGCAUGGACAGUCGCGCAUUGAGGUGAAGACACAACUAACACAUCGCGACUACAUGAACUUGUUGGCGCAACGUGACGAUGCACAUUUUACCAUCUAUAAGAAGCGCCGUUGCUUCCUCAUCAAUAAUCAAUAUUUCCAAUUAGACAUCUACAAGGAACCAAGCCAUCCACGUUGCAAAGGGCUGAUCCUCUUGGAAACCUACUCAUCACAUAGCGGCGAUGCGCUUAAAAAUUAUAUGCCGAAAUUCUUGAAUAUCGUGAAAGAGGUUACUGGCGAUCCAGCAUAUUCGAUGUUCAAUUUGUCGUUGCGUGAGGACUGGAGUACGACAAAGAAAUUCUGGCACCCUUUGCCUGAAGAGGUAACCGCCACUAACGCCAGCAAAGUAAAGCAAUCGAACGGUGUAUCGAAUAUGCAAUUGGUACUUAACGGGCAUGCCAAGGGUUAAUAAUAAUAAUAAUACUCGUAGUAUGUUUUGCGCCGUUAAAAAAUCGUUUAGAUAAUUUUGUAAGCAUAACAGAUACAUAUUUCCAUACAUACAUAUGUACAAUCAAAAUUUGAUGUCGUCUCACAGCUCAUAAAUAUUUUAGUAAGGUCAGGUUUUAUUUUGUGAAUAUUCUUGAUUAUUGGAAAUCUUUUAAGAUAAUAAAUAUAUAUGUAUAGUUAUAACUGUUUACACAGUACUUUAUGGCUGAAUUAAUUUCAUUGAAAUGAAAGAGAGUAACACAAUUUAUUGACUUCAAAGCUUUUUAACUCAAAAUUGCAUACUUUCAUUUAUACAUACAUACAUACGUAAUUAUAUAACAAGGCUAUGCAGAAGUGAUUAUUUCAUCCAACGUUUGUUUUUUUAGCAAAAUGCAACUAUGUGCUUUAAGUGACUUAAUAUUUUUGAAAUUUUUACUAAAACAAAUCAUGUACUGGAAAAUUAAAAAUUAGAAAACAAAAUCUAUAUUUAUGGUACUUAAACUAAAAUACCAAAUUACACAUUUUACUUUAUUUGUCAAAUUUUUCACGAGUUGGAAGAAUAGUUUAAUUGUGAUUUUAUGUAAUUGUUGUAGAUUUUAGCUGAUAUCUAGGAACGAAAAAAGAGAAACUAAAACAAAGAUAAAAUUAAGUUAAAUCGUCGAAAGCAAAAGGAACGUCAGCAAAGUAUUCUCUGCUGCUGAUUUGCUUACAUACAUACAUAUAUAGACAUUUAUUAGAAUGUGAAAGAAUUAAAUGCACCUAAGCAUUUUAUUGGCUCACCAAUUUGUUGUUUUGGACAUUUUAGGACGUGAUCAUGAUAAUCAUAAAAUUCUUUUUAAAUUUGAUUGUUUAGUAAAUUAUGUUUCAAUUUAAUAAUUUAUAGAUAGAGUGCAGACCAUUAAAUAAAUAUGGUUUUUCAAACUAUUGUAAUAUUGUGUAGAAAAAAAUAUUUCAUAUUUCAAUAAAAUUUGCUAUUGUAUCUGUUAAUGAAGGAAGAAAGUGAGACUGCAUUCGAAAACGCAAUAAAACGAAGUAUGAUCUACAUAUAUAUUGUUUUUCUAAGCCUCAACAGUUGAUAAUGUCCAAUAUGCGGUGCAAAUUUGGCAUUUUUUUCAAAUUAAAGCGACUAAUAUAACACUUUGCCUUAAUGUGUUUUCGAAUUCAUCCAUAAUAUCCGAAAUAAUAUCAUGCCACGCAUCGUUAUAUAAUAAGUCACAAACAAAUGUUAGAAAAAGUAAAUUAAAUAAAUUAAAAUAAAAAGGGGAAAAAUUAAGAAAAUAAAUCUAAAAUUAAUUUAAAUCAAUACAAAAAAGUAAAUAAAGUCACUAGAUCACCAAGCUAAACGAAA